GAAGUGGAGCAGUAUACAACUAUAUAUAAUAGUUACUAUAACAAAAUUCAAUCUUUGCAUUUCACCCACCAGCAAAACCACCGCUAACAAUGGAACCUACCAAGUUCAGAGGGAAGCAGCCAAUGAUAGUGGACAUAGAGCAGAUGCCUGAGACACCUCGCCGUGGAACCCACCACCGAAGGGCCCACUCCGACACUUCUUUCCGCUUCGACGACCUCCUCGUCUUUGAUGCUUCUGACUUCGACCUCCCCACUCUCGACGACCUCCCCACUCCCAACACCACCACUCACCCUCCACCUGCCGCUCCCGGGGCUGUUGACUCCUUGUCCGAUGACUCCACAUCCAACGGCCAGAAUCAGAAACUCAAACCCGUCAAUCACCUCCGGAGCUUGUCUAUGGACUCCGAAUUUUUUAAUGGCUUGAGUCGCGGGGCUGCCGCCGGUGGAGAUGAGAAGUUGGGUGGGAAAGCGGUUGCGGGAGAAAAGAGGGCUGCGGACCACCACAGGCAUAGUUAUUCCAUGGACGGGUCGUUUGAGGCAGAGUCUCUCAUGAUUGAUGGUGUCAAGAAAGCUAUGGCUCCUGAUAGACUUGCAGAGCUAGCUUUGAUUGAUCCCAAAAGAGCUAAAAGGAUUCUUGCCAACAGGCAAUCUGCAGCUCGGUCGAAAGAGAGGAAAAUCAAAUACACUAGUGAGCUAGAGAGGAAGGUCCAGACGCUUCAGACUGAAGCAACCACUCUCUCCGCACAGCUCACGAUGCUGCAGAGAGAUGCUAAUGGGUUGACGGUUGAGAAUAAGGAACUGAAACUGCGAUUACAGGCUAUGGAGCAACAAGCACACCUUAGAGAUGCUCUGAAUGAAGCAUUAAGGGAAGAGGUGCAGCGGCUUAAGAUAGCAACUGGUCAGAUUACAGCUGUCAAUGGAAACCCUUUCAGCAGAGGUCUAUCUCCUCAAUUUCCCUCUCACCAGAUCUUACCACCCUUUGGCAACCAGCAAACUCAGCAGCGCCACCAACAGCAGCAGAUGCACAUGCCGCCGACAUCCACCGCUGGUCAGACUCUUAACAAGCAGCCCUGCCCUAGCUUCCCAAACUUUAGCCAGAGGGUCUAAUGUCACUGGGGAACUGUAUCUGCUAGAAUUUAAUGUUGCAAAAUAGAAAUUAACUCGACCGAAGUAGGCAUCAUGUAUAUGUAAGCAUGUAUAUUAUGUUGCAGACAAAUGUUGUGAAAGAGUACGUGCUCAUGGCUCCCGUCACAGCAGGCUAUGUUAUCCUUAGGACAGAUUUUAUUCACCACAUGUUGCAUAGAAAUUAGUACACUUCAUGAGACAAUUGGGUGGAUGACUAUUGUAAUCUUCCAUGUGCAGAAUAAUUGGCCUUUGGCAUUGUAGGACUGAACCCCGCAUAUCUUCCUUUGAAAUAUAUUUUUUCCUUGCCUGGUUUCAACCAGCUACAAGUA